UGUUAUCAUAGAACUGUUUCUUCUGAGUGCAUGUGCGUGCAUCUAGAGCGCUUAUGCAAACAGCGCAGGCAAAAUGAGCGCCGCCCAGGCGGCCAUCAAGCCGACGGUCGCCUUGGUGGUGGCCAUCAAGCAGAGCACCUCCAUCCGAGAACUCAAGACAAUCCAAGCCCACAUAGUACGAGCUGGUCUCGCCCACGACACCUUCUUAACCGGCAAGUUGAUGGAGUCGGCCGCCCUCACCCAGAAGGGACACAUUGCCUACGCCCAUGGCAUCUUCUCCCAGACGCACCAUCCUAACGUCUUGAUGUGGAACACCCUCAUCAGAGGCUACUCUCUGAGCGACUCCCCCAUCAAGGCCGUCUCCCUUUACAGAGACAUGCACCUCGGCGGCAUUUCACCGAACAGCUUCAGCUUCCGCUUCGUUCUCAAAGCUUGUUGCAAGUUGCUGAGGCUUUGCGAAGGGGAACAGCUCUACGCGCAAAUCCUGAAACUGGGCUUUGAGUCUGAACCUGAUGUGGUCAAUGUGUUGCUGAAACUGCUCGCGGUUUGCGGUCGAAUUGAAGAUGCUAGCAAGAUGUUCGACGAAAUGCCUCAGAGAAAUAAAGGUUCGUGGAGUGCGAUAGUGUCUGGAUACGCGCAGAAUGAUUGCUCGUCGGAGGCUUUGUCGUUGUUCAGGCAAAUGCUAGAGGAGGGAGUGGAGGUUGAUGGGUUCACGUUGGCAAGUGUGGUUGGGGUUUGUGGUGAUAUCAGUGCUCUAGAUUUGGGCAAAUGGCUGCAUUCUUACAUUGAUAGAGAGGGGAUUGAGCUUGACGUCGUUUUGGGUACUUCUCUAGUUGUUAUGUACUCAAAAUGUGGGAGUUUGGAUGAUGCGCUUAAGGUUUUUGAGGGAAUGAGGGAGAGAGAUGUGACGGCAUGGUCUGCUAUGAUUGGAGGCUAUGCUAUUCAUGGAUAUGGUAAGAAAGCUUUGCAAGUGUUUGAUGCCAUGAAGAGAGCCAAGGUAAAACCCAAUUGUGUCACUUUUACUAGUGUAUUGUGUGCGUGUAGUCAUGCAGGGUUGAUUGAGGAGGGCUCUCGAUAUUUCGAUGCCAUGGCAUUGGAGUAUGGGAUCUCUCCCCAGAUGGAGCAUUAUGGGUGCAUGGUUGAUCUAUAUUGUCGUGCAGGGCUCGUGUCCAGAGCGCAUGAGUUUGUGCAAAAAAUGCCCAUUGAGCCUAAUGCAGCUCUAUGGCGAACGCUGCUUACUGCAUGCAAGACUUAUGGAUACAAAGAGCUAGGUGAGCAGAUUAGUGAGGAGAUCCUCGAGCUAGAGCCACAUAGUGGUCGGAACUACGUGCUUGUGUCCAAUGUGUAUGCUUCUCUAGGUAGGUGGUCAAGUGUGAGCAAGGUUAGGAGGCUAAUGAAAGACAAGAAAGCAAAGAAAGAGCAUGGUUGUAGCUCAAUAGAGGUGGAUUUUGUUGUGCAUCAAUUCGUUAUGGGAGACGAAACACAUCCCGAAAUAAAAGAGAUUUAUGACAUGCUUGAUGGAAUGGCAAAGAAGUUGAAGAAGGAAGGGUACGUAGCAACAACCAUUGAUGUUUUGCAUGAUAUAGAUGAAGAGGAAAAGGAGCAGGCACUGAGUCUGCACAGUGAGAGACUGGCUCUUGCUUAUGGGUUGCUUCGCUUGCCCGAGGACUCACCCAUUCGAGUAGUGAAAAACCUCCGCGUAUGUAUAGAUUGUCAUUCAGUCAUAAAACUGAUCUCUGCAGCUUACAAGAGAGAAAUCACUGUAAGAGAUCGAGUUCGGUUUCAUCAUUUUAGAGAAGGGAAAUGUUCAUGCAAUGACUAUUGGUGAUCAUACAUUUACUGAUUGACUUAUGUGUUUCGCCGAAUGGUGUUGUUAUCGUGGGCAAUGAUGAUGCUUAGUGUCACGGACUGGCAAUUUGAACCCAAUUAACGGGCCGUGCGGCACUCGUCAAGGCUCUCCCUCGACAGAGUCAGCCAAAAACUACACAUUCAAUCCGGCUGUCAUGAACACUCGAGAGGUUUUCGAAAGCCAUCAUAGGUUGUAAAUGAUACUCCAACAAAGUGGGAGAGAACUGCCAAAAGCAAAACCCCAGGAUGGCUAAACCAGUUUAUCUACAAUCUGGUUUGGGGAAAAUUGAUGGUGAGUGCUCUGUUUGUUCUUGAGUUUCUGUUGCAUUUUUACAUUUGUGUAGCUUUGCCUGAAUCCUUAUUGAGCUGCAAUCCCAUUUCUUAAGUUCAUCUGCUCCGUGGUUUUGCAAAAUAUACUUUCUUAUUCUUAACUUUUUUCUGAACAUUGAAAUUUUUUAUCUGCACAUAUUUUUUAGUGUAUAACAAUUUACUUCAAAUUUUCAAAAAGCUUUGACCUUGCCUGCUGAAAUUUAUAUAUUUGAGACAAGAUCUUUUUUUUUUUUUUUAAGGUUACAUUAGAUUUGCAAAAUAUCUAUUCUCAGGAUUAGAUUAGUUUUAGUAGAUUAUUCACAAUUAGUUAUAUAAAAAAUUAAAACAAAUAACAAUGUAAAACAUUUUAUGAGUACAUAAUAAGGAAUAAUUAUUUUCAAAUUUUAUUAGAGUUGUCUAUUUUUUUUAUCACAUGUUGAAUGAAAUGAUUAGAAAUAUAAAAAGAAAAAUUAUUCCUUUGAUUCUUAAAAUUUAAAAUAUAUUGCAUCUUAUUCCAAUGAAUAGCUAUUGCUUCAAGCCAAAUGAGCCGUUAGUAGCUUUUCUUUUUCUUCGUAUUUCUAUGGGGAUGUAUUCCAGUUUAUUUUUUAAGAAAAAAAGUUAUCCUCUAAUGGUCCAUUUGAAACUUGAAAAAUAUUUGGAAAAAAAAAAAUAAAAAAUAAGAAGGAUUUCAUUUUUUUAUAUUUGGUUUUCAAAGAAAGCGAGAAAAAAAAUGAAAAAUAUAUGAAGUCAAUGAACAGAAUUUCAAUUUUACACAUUCGUAAGCAUAAUCUUUGAUUUAAACUGACACUAAAUCUUGAAAUUUAACUAUACACAUUUGAUACUUCAAAUUAUAUUUGUGAAUGUUAUUUACCUUAAAUCUUAUGAAUUUAUUCGUAUUAUUUUUAGUUAUAGCUCUACUUAUGCAUUAAUUUUAAGGUGCAUUUGUUUCGUGGACGUAAUGGCUGGUGUCGUUUAUUAUUAUUUAGUCUAAUUUUGUCACCUUUAACAUGCAAAAAAAAUAGACACAUCUUCAAGAUUAUUGAAUAAAUUUAAAAUAUCAUUUUAGAUAUUUGUGCACCAUUGAAUCAAACAAUUUACCUAGUAAAUAACAUGUUUGUUCAUGUAGCCUUAAGUAUUUAUAUUUUACAAACUAACAUUUUAAAUAUUAUAAAAAAAAAUCAUUUGAUAAAUAAAAUACUUUUUUUAAAAAAAAAUUUGUGUCAUAGAAUAUUUAUGUGUUGCGAAUCUUGCGAUGAUAAAGAAAGUUGUGGUGCGAUCUAGAAGUCCAAAAUGCCAUUAAGACAAAGAAAUUGGUAUAAAAUAUGGUAAAAUUAUAGAAAUAGAGAAAAUCUUGAAAAAUAUGUAAGAAAAAAUGCAAAAAAAGACUAUCGGUGAAGUUAAACAUAGAGUUUAUGAUACUUUAUAUACUAAACUAGAUACAAAGAAAGGAGAAAAAUACAUUUAUAGACUUGCUAGAAUUAGAGAAAGAAAAUGUAAAAAUUUAGGUAAUGCAAAAUGUACAGAGGACGAAAAUGAUAAUGUCUUAAUUAAAGAAAAAAGACAUAAAGAAGAAGUGGUGGAGAUACUUUGAUAAGUUUUUUAAUGAAAACCAAAAUGAAAUAUUGAACUUGGAAGUGACAUCUGAAGAUAAGAUUAAAAAUAGGAGAUUUAUUCGUAAAAUUAGAGUUAAGAUGGCAUUAAAAGAGAUGAAAAGUGAGAAAUCUAUAGGAUUAGAUAAUAUACCAAUUAAAUUUUGAAAAUGUUUAGGGGAUAAAGGAAUUAUUUGGUUAACGAAUUUAUUCUAUAAUAUUAUAAAAAUUAAGAAAAUGGUAGAAGAAUGGAAGAAAAGUACGCUAGUAUCUUUGUAUAAAAACAAAGGCAAUAUUCAAAACUAUCAUAAAAUUAAGAUUAUGAAUCAUACGAUAAAAUCAUAGGAAAGGGUAGUUGAACAUAUAAUAAGAUUAAAAGCUAAGAUUUCAGAAAAUCAAUUUGAUUUUAUGCCUGGGUGAUCAAUAAUAGAAGUUAUUUAUCUUUUAACAAGUUUAAUGAAAAAGUUUAGGUAAAAGGACUUACAUAUGGUUUUUAUUGUCUUAGAGAAAGCUUAUGAUAGAGUAUUUUGGGAAGUAUUUUAGUGGAUAUUAGAAAAGAAGGGAGUCUGCAGUAAAUAUACGGAGGUCAAUAAGGAUAUGUAUAAUAGAGUAGUGACUAACAUUACAAACUUACGACUGUAGGAGGAGAUUUUAGAGAAUUUCCAAUCACAAUAGGUGUACAUCAAGGUAGGGGUGAGCAUAAUUCAGGGAAAUCCGAAUUAACCGACCAAUUUCGAUCGGUUCGGUUUGGUUAAAAAACAAGGUCGAUCGGUUCUGUUAUGGUUUUACCAAAGUUCGGUUAAGAGGAAUGUUAAUUUGGUUAAUCGAAUUAACUGAUUUAAUAAUUAAUUAAAAUUUAAAUAUAAAUUAGUAUAUGUUAAAUUAGUAUAUGUUAAUUCGGGAUAGACUAAUGUCGUUAUCAAAAUGAAUAUUAGGUAGAUGAACACAGGCCAGUCGAAUUUAUUUCUCACAUAUUUCAGCCAAUAGUUAAUCCCAGGAUAAAACAAACACUGGUCUCCAUCCUUCGCCAUUGAACCAUCAUCACCUUCAACAGAUUAUCAUCCCCACUGCACUGAAUUACCAUCCAGCCACAAUCUUCCCCUUUCAUUUGAAUUGUCCUCACCACACCAGCCAUGCCUGCAUCUUCCAUAGCCACCACGUUAGAAGCUCCAACUAUCUCUCUUGUUGGGUGUCCCUCCUUGUGGGGCCCUUGGUUUGAAAGCUGCACUACUCUUUAAUGUUUGUUGGAUUCCUGUAAAAGCCAAAAAGUGGAGCUGUUCUUGAGCAUCCAGCCCAAGCCUCACGCGUAGUUAUUACAGCCUCUUCAUCUUCCUUUUUUCGCCGGCCUAAGUUUUUUUUUGGUGCAGCACAACAGUGUGGCCUCUAUUCUGUUUUCUACUCACACACGAUACAUUACUAGCUCCCAACGCCUGCAGCCAGCACCUGCAGCACGCCCACACACCAGCGCCGGUAUUCUUUGUGUGACUUCGGCAGCAUAUUAUUAACAGCAUAUUGAGAUAUUUUGGUUGUGCUAUUUUGGUUGAUUCUUUUGGGAGUUUUGUUCAGAAUAUUUGGUGAGAGAUUUCCAUCUUACUAGAUUUGUUUAUACACUUUUGUAUAUUUGUAAGACUUAUAUCUUUUGUAUCCACUUUGUACAAUAUAUUUGAUGAUAGUAGAUUUGGACUGCCAUGCCCCGUGAACGUACCUCAAUAUUUGAGGGAAUCACGUUAAA